GAUUUCUGUGAAACUGGGAAUCCUGAACCAAAAGUGGAAAAGAUGGGAAAUGCAGAAAGCAACGCCUAUCGGAAUCACCUUUCCAGAUUUCUUCCUGAGGAGCAGUCUGACAUUGAUGCAGUGUUUGAUGCUUUAUCAGGAUCGAGUGGCUCAGCUGGAGCAAAAAAUGGCAAAGCUACAAAGAAAACUGUGACUCUGGCAGCACUACAGGCGUAUAUGCGGGAGCCAUUACCAGAGCAAAUGACGGUUCGGUUAUACAACGGAAUGAAAAGUAUUGACCUGACUGGGAAAUCAUCUGGGCCGAGUGAACAGAUUGCUAAGGAGCAGUUUGUAAUUUUUAUGUCAAACCUCUUAAAAGGGAAUGCAGAUGAGAAGAUUACCAUAAUAAUGAGAAUGAUCUCCAAGGCAGAAGGGCCUGUGAAGGGCAAACAAAUCCAAGAGUUCACAGAGGAUCUGAUCAUGUCUGUAGUCCAUGUACUGAGCUACAGGAAGGAAUUGAAAGGUUGGAAUUUGGAGAAUACUAGGGAUUCUGCAAGUGGAGUAAAGGCUCUGGCUUCUCAGCUGCUGUCAGAAUUGAAGCUUGCGGAUGGAACCAAACCUGUGGGUCCUCAGCUGAUGGAGACAAGUUUUGAUAAAAGUGUCAUUGAGGAUUGGGUGUACCGAGUUCCACAGAUCUCAAUUUUCCUCAGUGUUGUUAUCAGGCAAGGCCUCCAUGUUCUGCAUUCUCUCCCAGACCAAACCAAAGACAUACUCAACCUGGUUCCAGGCUGCAAAGGCAUCAAAGGAAGAGGACUUGUCAGUCUCUUGGACAUCCCAUCCAUUAUAUACAUCAACUCCCAUCUGCCUGCAGAGCUGCAGCACAAGUGGCAGCUUUUAUUUUCUUCUAGGCUUCAUGGAGAAAGCUUUUCACAGUUGUGUGCCCAUAUAGUGAAGAAAGGUCCUUGCAUAGUGAUCUUAAAGGACUUAGAUGGUUAUAUCUUUGGUGGGUUUGCAUCUCACUCCUGGGAGAUGAAGCCACAGUUUCAAGGUGACAACAGAUGCUUUCUGUUUACUGUUUUCCCCUCUCUUGCUGUAUACACGUACACAGGGUACAAUGACCACUACAUGUAUUUGAACCACGGCCAACAAACAAUGCCAAAUGGACUUGGCAUGGGUGGACAACAUGGUUACUUCGGACUCUGGGUAGACGGUGACUAUGGGAAGGGACACAGUAAAGCAAAACCUCGAUGUACCACCUACAACAGUCCCCAGCUGUCAGCUAAAGAGGAUUUUACACUGGAUGCCGUGGAAGUUUGGGCAGUGGGAGACCUCCCUGAAAGCGCAGGGACAAAAGGUAAGAAGAGUAUCCUGGAUGUAGAUCCUGAGGCUCAAGCCUUUUUAGAAAUGGCUGGAAAAAGUCGUCAUAGCGAAGGCCUGCGAGAACCCAUUGAAGAGGAUGACGAUGAUGAGGAUAAUUAAAAGAAU